GCUUUUAGGAAUGGGUCCCAACCAUAUUUUGUUAGACAGCAAGAGUUAGGAAGAAGCGCUGGGAACACCUGACGGCCUCUCUGGGACAAUCCGCUCCAUUACUAAUAAAUACUUCUGUCAACUUGGAAGAUAGAUCUACCUCCAGUUUUCAUUUUUGUAGUUUCGUUUUCUGUGAAGCAACAAGUGGCAGUCAGUUAACUCUCCUCCUUUAGCCCCAAAGUAUUAACCAACGUAAAUAACUUUGCACUAUUUCUAUUUUGUUUCGUAUUUAUUUUUUGCACUAACGAUGCACACCACGCAAAAGGACACGACCUACACAAAGAUUUUUGUCGGGGGUCUUCCGUACCACACAACGGAUUCGAGUCUCAGGAAAUAUUUCGAGGUGUUUGGUGAGAUUGAAGAAGCUGUGGUCAUUACGGACAGGCAGACCGGCAAAUCCAGGGGCUAUGGAUUCGUGACAAUGGCAGACCGUUCAGCUGCGGACCGGGCAUGUAAAGACCCCAACCCGAUCAUCGAUGGCAGAAAGGCCAAUGUGAACCUGGCCUAUCUGGGAGCCAAGCCACGUGUCAUGCAGCCAGGUUUCACUUUUGGUGUUCCCCAGAUUCACCCUGCUUUCAUCCAAAGGCCUUAUGGAAUCCCAGCCCACUACGUGUACCCUCAGGCCUUUGUCCAGCCCAGUAUGGUGAUCCCUCAUGUUCCGACUGCCGCUGCUGCCGCCCCUGCCACCGCCUCCUCUCCGUACAUCGACUACACUGGAGCGGCCUAUGCGCAGUACUCCGCUGCAGCCGCCACUGCUGCCGCGGCGUAUGAGCAGUACCCGUACGCCGCCUCGCCUGCUGCCGCGGGAUACGUGGCCACGCCAGGUUACGGAUACGCCGUACAGCAGCCACUGGCCGCUACCACGCCCGCUGCAGCGGCUGCCUUUGGUCAGUACCAGCCCCAACAGCUGCAGACUGACCGAAUGCAAUAGCAGCCACUGCAGCAUCUGGACACAGAAGACGGAAGGCCCGCCCCGUAACGCAGCUGAUUGGUCGCCAGAAGGAGCGGUACACGGAUAAGAAAGAGAGUGGUCUUGCGGUGUGUCAGCCACUCUGAGGCUGCUGUUUAAGUGGUGAUGAUGGUAGUGAUGCUGAUGAGGUGGGAACUUUGACAGUACUUUCCAACUUGCUGUGCUUCAACCAAAAAUGAGAAAACAAAAAAUGUGGCCGAACAAAUGAUGGAAAGUGAAUUUCAUUCAUUAUUAUUGUAUUAUAACUAUUAUCGUUGUAGUUGAGUACUUAUUUCUAUAGAAGAAAUGCAGGAACUAAUCACUGUGAUUGGUAUAGGUGUAAACUAAGCCUUAAGUCCUAUUGCUGUCUCUAACGUUAGUUAUUUUCACUGGUGGUGCUCCACUAGUGGUUUAAUUCUGCCCUCAUAACAUUUAUAUAUUUAUUACUGUUAAUAUAUUGGGGCAGUCUUUGUUCUUUUUGUUUAUUUUUAAGAGCAUUUUUUAGUUUAUAUUUCUGAUAAUCAGGGAAAUGGAGCCGUUUCCAUUGUUUUAUUAUUAUUAUGUAACUUCUGUCGGGAGCUGAGGAACUCAAGAGUUGUCAUGUCACAUUUUUGAUGAACUACCUUAUCGUCCUGAUGCUGAAUGUCCCUUUUAUACUCUAAAACCUAUGCAACACACAAAACAAGACAAGACAAAACAAGUCAUCGGCUCGGACUGGACUUUUGACUAAAGCGGGACUCCAUCAAUGAAACAAAGGAACAAACAAAAGAUUGAACAUGGCUGCGCACAAUGAGGAACAGUGGCAGUUGGCUUGAACAGAUUUGCACACAGAGCAGAGAGUACAAAGGCUGAGGGUAGGAGAGGCACUCUGCCUGUGGCGUUUGGAGGACACACAGGAGCUCUCCAGAACGCCGCACUUGUGCAGUUUGUUGAACUGACACAUUUUAAUCCCUGACGUCACAGGGCCUUUGCUGCCGACAGGUUGCUCCUGUCAGCGCUUCUGCUCUGGUCAGGGCCAAGUGUUCACCACUCUGCCAGUGUCACACCUGUCAACAACACCUGGUGAAGAGCAAGUCCUUCAGUGUGCCUUACUUACUACUAUUUAAAGAAAAUAAGGAAAAAACUAUUUAUGGUUAUUUAUUUUUGAGGGCUGACAAUGUUUAUGCUCUAAGAGUAGAAGUAGUCUAGUGGCGGUAUUAAAAUAUAAUGUACUCAUCUCAAGGCAUUUAUAAGUUAUUGCUUAGCUUUAGUAAUGAUAAUAUUACUAUUAUUAUAAUUAUUAGCAUACUCAACUUAAAGUUGGUGUAGGAGAUAUUUAAGAUAUUAUUUUGUUAUGUGCACUGUACCUUUAAAUCCUUUGAUUCUUUAGGAUGGAUGAAUGCCUUUUGUACAGAGGAUCCUUAUUUAAGUGCUUAUGAAUAACUUAUAAAAACUGAGCAAAAACGCUGCUUUCUUUCUCCACUAGAAUGUAUGGCUGUGGUCAAGGUUUCAGUAGCUGUGCUUCUUUUGCUUAGUAUUCAUGAGAUGGGCUAUUUUACACUGUUGGGAAUUUUUAUACUUGAACUAUUUCUUACAAGGGAAAUAUGAAAAAAUAAAUGAAAAAAAUAUGAAAAGCUGUCUGGAAGAAGGCAUGUUAAGUGUUACUAUUGAAAUACAAUGGUCCUGUUGGUAUUAAACCUUUAUUCCAGAUAUUCAACAACAUUUACUGAAAAAUAAAAAUAAAUAAAAAGUUACAAAA